UAGAAUUUUAUUUUAGCAGAUAGAUGAGAUAUAAAUUUGUGGAUUGAUUUUGUGUAGCAGUGAAAUAUAUUUUAAAGAUAUUAUACCAACAACGUUACUUUGUAACAGGUGCUCUGAAUUAUACUAAUUAUAUAAUUUGCUAAAAAUGAAAGAUAGAAAUAUAUACAAUAUAGUUCUAUAAUGGAAGAUUGGGAUGCUGAAAUAGAAGGUAAUGCAACACCAAAGCUUAACUGCUUAAAUAUAAACACGGACAGUAACUCCCCUGCAUCAAAAUAUUUUGAUGAUGAUUACAACGAUAAAGAUGACUCUGCAAAAGGAUUUCGAAGUACCAGAGGAUAUGGUGGACCAGGAAGAAGUAGAAACCACAGAGGUUUUGGCAGAGGGAGAGGAGCAAAUUUAGAUUGGAGAGCAAAUAACUCAAAUAGCACUUACAGUCCUGAAAGUCAAAGCUUCAAUAGUUCACUGAGAAGCAGAAGAGAAAACGGAUUUGAUCGUCAGACAGAAACUAAGCAAGGUUUUAACUCCUCAAAUAGCAGAAGAAAUGAUGUAUUACGAAUUGAAGUCUUAAACGAUAAUGUUGGGAAAAUGAUAGGUAGAGGUGGUUGUAAAAUAAAAGAGAUUCAAGCAACAAGUGGCGCUAGAGUUCGAGUCUUACAAGAUGAAGCUUCAUUAUCUGUCACACCUGUUGAGAUUACUGGCACUACAGAGCAAAAAACUAAAGCGAAACAACUAAUUGAAGACUGUACUAUAUCAGCCGGUGAUAUACAAUCUUGGGCAGACAGAGAAAAUAGAAAUUUUGAACAAAAGUCUUUGUCAACGCCGAAGAUUGACUGGGCUAUGUUAAAAAAGAAGGCAGAAACUUUUGAAAAAAUGAAAUGGGCUGAUUGCCCAGAUGUCAAGAAAAACUUUUAUACAGAGAAGAAAAAAAUUGCUAAUAUGGAUCCAUUAGAAGUAGCAGAGAUAAGGAAAAAUAAGAACAGUAUAACGGUGCAAGAUCUUAGUAAAGAACAGAAUCAAAAGAUACCUAAUCCUGUGUUGUCGUUUGAAGAUGCAUUUGAUCCUUUUCCGGAAAUAUUAGAGACCAUUAGAGCUAAUAAAUUUACCGAACCGUCGCCAAUUCAGUGUCAAGCUUGGCCUGUCCUUCUCUCAGGUUCAGACUGUAUUGGAAUCGCACAGACUGGAACUGGAAAGACACUCGCCUUUCUUCUACCAGCAUUCAUACAUAUUGACCAACAACCAGUGGAAAGAAAUGCUCGAGGUGGGCCAUCCUGCUUGGUUUUAUCACCCACGCGAGAGUUGGCACAACAAAUCGAAAUGGAGGUGAAAAAGUUUCAUUAUCGUGGAAUUAAAAGUGUUUGUAUAUAUGGUGGUGGUGAUCGUAACUCUCAGAUCAGUCAGAUUAAAAAAGGAGUUGAGAUUGUCAUCGGUACUCCUGGUAGACUGAAUGAUUUACUUAUGAACAAUUUUUUUUCUGUAAAAAGUGUCACAUAUUUGGUUCUCGACGAGGCAGACCGUAUGUUGGACAUGGGGUUCGAGCCUGAAAUAAAAAAGAUAUUACUUGACAUUCGACCAGACCGUCAGACUGUCAUGACAAGUGCCACUUGGCCAUCUGAUGUCCAAAGAAUGGCGGAUAAAUACCUGCGAAAUCCAAUACGUGUAAAUGUCGGUUCAUUAGAUUUGCAAGCUUGUCAUUCCGUCACGCAACUGAUCGAAUUUAUCAACACUGAAGAUAAACAAGAACGAGUACUACAGUUUAUAACAUCAAUGGACAAAGAUGACAAACUUCUUAUUUUCGUUGGCCGUAAAAUCACAGCUGAUGAUAUUUCAUCAAACUUUGCCAUGCGUGAAGAUCUCGAUAUAGGUAUACAAUGUAUCCAUGGCGACAGAGACCAAUCAGAUCGUGAACAAGCGUUGGAGGAUAUGAAGACAGGUAGAGCGCGUGUGUUGAUUGCAACUGAUGUCGCCUCAAGAGGUCUGGAUAUAAAGGAUUUGACACAUGUAUUAAAUUAUGAUUUUCCUCGCCACAUCGAAGAUUAUGUUCAUCGAAUCGGUCGAACUGGCCGUGCGGGCCGAUCAGGCUGCGCACUGACGUUUGUCACGCGUGAAGACUGGAUGCACGUGGGCAAGCUAAUUCCAAUCAUGGAGGAAGCAGGGCAGGACAUACCUGAUGAAUUAGUUGAGAUGGCUGAACGUUGGCAGAAAAAUCGAGAUAGAAUGGCAGAAGAGAGAAACGCAUGCGGUGGUGGGCGUGGUGGUGAUGGAAGAGGUUGUUUUAAAUGUGGCAAAGAAGGUCAUUUUUCUCGUGAAUGUCCUGAAGGUGGUGGAUUUGGUGGCAGAGGACGGAGAGGUGGUGGAAGAGGGAGGAGAGAUCGUGGUGGGAUAACCAUUCCUUUGUAUGGUGCAAUAUAAAUAUGUUUUAUCAAGUUUAAUGCUAGUCUGGAAUGUCUGAAAUGGAAAUGUCUGGAAUGGAAUGGAAGUUUAAAGUUUGGCGUUUCGGAGAUUUCAUGUGGCCGUACCACUGUAUCGGCUAAAGUUUUAUUUAAAGAGAAGGCCAUACAGUUUUAUAUUUUGUUAAUUUUCGAGUUUUUUAAAAAAGAAAAUUUCGUUUAACAAA